AUGGACACUGUGGACUUUGGUGAAAUGGCGUUGGAUAUGACCAAACUAAUGGAAGAGCAUAUUGUGAAUCCGGAGCUACGGAACUGGAUUAUGCCAGCCUUUAGUACCACGACUGCAUCCGAUGAGGUGGUGGCAGCUAUAUUGAUGAUAGGCUCUACACAGAAGUAUUUCUCAUACCAAUUUACCAUCCGGUGCGGAAUUCCGUCUGUCACUUUACUCGGCCAGCGUGAGGACUGGGCACUUAUGGCAACGAAGCUUGAUCAGCUAGCUCACCUAGGGGAUGAGCCUGCUCGAUUUGCUCAGCUUCUUCGACCGGUUCUUAACAACUUCGUUGCUGCCUUCGACAACCCUGAAGCACCGGAUGUACUGAGCUUCUGGAGCAAAUGUGCGGACAGAAGAGGCGGGGCUAGCAGGCCAACCUAUCUGACAGGCUGGAUAUCGGUCUUUUGUUUCUGGAGUAAUGAUGGAAAGUUGCUUCACCCAGAGUCAAUCUUUCCAGUAUCCUCGCAAGACUUUAAGAUACGAGACACGAAGUUCGGUCUUGAUGAGGCUUUGUCACGCUGCGUAGACACAGAGAAAGUCCCUCUGGGCUAUGUCUCUGUGCCGGUUCUAGUUAAUAAUCUUGGACACGAAUUCGACGCUGUGAUGUUGGCCGGGUUGAUCGGCAUACAAGCCACUUCGAGUGGAGCGAUGCUAGAUGGUUCUGGAGGCCAUGAUUACCGGCGAACCCUUCCAUAUUUCGUGGAAAAUAACUAA